AUGGUUGAUGCAACAUAUAAACUCAAUAAUUUAAGAAUGCCAGUGUUCCUGCAGCUUAUUGUUGAUGGCAAUGGUGAAAGUGAAAUUGUGUUUGUGGUUGUCAGGUAGGAUGCUAACACUAUGGCAGAACUCGUUGAAGUUUUCAAAAAGCACAACAGUACCUGGGAGAAAGUGCGUAUCAUUAAUGACAGACAAAGAUUUCACAGAGAGAAUGGUUUAUGGUGAAGCAUUCCCAAAUGCAUGUCUGCAGUUGUGUCUGUUCCAUGUUUUUAUGGUCAAUCAAAAGACAGGUGAACACAGAGAAGAUGAGUAUAUCAUUAGACCAAAAGAAUCUCUGUCUAGAAAUCAUUAAAAAAAUUGCAUAUUCUGCAGGUAAUUCACAAUUGUGUUAACACAAUACAUUCAGGAACAUUGCAUGUUAAUGGUAACAGAAAAAUAUUGGCAAAAAUAAUUUUUUUCAAAGUUAAGGUUAUUUACUAUUUAUCUUUGUAGGUCAAGAUGAUUAUAAAGAAGACAUACAGGCACUCUAUGACACCAAAGUGCAGCCAGUGAUUACAUACUUCAACCAAUGUUGGGAACCAAUCAAACAUCAGUGGGUUAUUGGUCUAAAACAAUCAUGUAAUUACAGCAACAACACUACAAACAGAGGGGACUAGCUAACAGUCGUGGGUCGUGGGUAGAAUGUCGUGGGUAAAAAGUCGUGGGUCGUGGGUAAAAAGUCGUGGGUAAAAAGUCGUGGGUCGUGGGUAAAAAGUCGUGGGUAAAAAGUCGUGGGUAAAAAUUCGUGGGUCGUGGGUAAAAAGUCGUGGGUCGUGGGUAAAAAGUCGUGGGUAAAACGUCGUGGGUAAAAAGUCGUGGGUCGUGGGUAAAAAGUCGUGGGUCCCGAAUAAAAAGUCGUGGGUCCCGAGAAAAAAGUCGUGGGUCCCGAAUAAGAAGUCAGUCCUGAGAAAAUGCCGUGGGUUCCAAACAAAAUAUUCCCAUAUAUUUACCUUUCUCCCUUUGGCUUUGGAAUGCGUGUUUUUUUCUUCUGAGGCUUUCCCAAAUAUGCAUAGUCUUUAUAGAGCGCGUUAAGGCCAGGUUUUUUAUAUCGGAUAAUCGGUUUAUAAAUAUUAUAACCAAGUGUGGAUAUAAAACAGUUCAACUUCACGCCCUGUUGUAAUUUCUUCGCACAAGUUUGGUUAAACUAUAAGAAAUUUCCGCUCGCUGGCUCAGUCAACAAACCACUGGGACUGUAUUUCCUUUUUUCUUAUUUUCCUUUAUUCAAACAAUCUUUUACAAUCAAUCAUUAAACUAACCAUUCUACAUACAUUUCAUACUAAUACACUCUAACACUUUCCAAUCAACGCCCACAAUAUAAUAUUUUUACACUCAUAUUUAUACUCUAAAACUAGGAAACCAUUUUUCUGUUCAAACGUCAUGUUUAACCACAUAAAGUUCCUUCCCUUAGUUAUGUCUAAGGUGUGUCAUAUUUUCAUCCCAUUUUAACGCUGAAACAUGCUGUAUCUACAUCAUGCUUACGCGCAAUUUAUGUCAAUUAUUGCGUAUUCGCGUUUCACGGUCGCUGCGCCCACAUCGCGCCUUAAUCUUGAAGUUCCUUAACACACUCCCCCCGCUUGAGUCGCUAUGAGUCAAGUAUUAACCUAGAUUUGCAUUUCGAAUCUAGCGCUGCCUUCCUUGGAGGAGUACUUCUUUUUGAUUUGUUGGUUUCUGCACAAUUACUUUUUUCCGGCGCAGUACCUACCCACCCCCCUUCCCUCUGACAUUUAAUCUCUAAGGGGUACAAUUUUUGAACUGGUCUGGAUAGGUACACAGGUCGUCCACUAGAAACCACUUUUACUUUUGCUCCUCUCACUACGCCAUUUCUUCCUUUAAGUAACUCAACUACAACUGCCAUCUUCCAUUCGCCUCUCUUUCUAUCUUCGUCCUGAACUAUUACAACAUCACCUACCUUUGGGGCAAUGGCUGACCCAUCACCUUCGUUCCUAUGAGCUUCUCUGAGUCCUAUCAAGUACUCUUUCCUCCACCUGUUCCAAAAGUGUUCUAAUCUAUUACUGAGAUAGCUAAAUCUUGCUGUACACUCACGUUCACCUAUAGCUUCCUCUGGCUCGUCUACCACAUCAUGUAAUGAAUUUAUUCUCCUACCGAAAAUCAAAUGAGAUGGAGUUGACACCUCGUCUCCCACUUCAUCAUACUCGUACGUCAACGGUCUAGAAUUAAUCAUACACUCUACUUCUACUAACACUGUUUCUAACUCAUCUCUUUUCAAUCUAGCUCUACCUAAUGUCUUUCUUAAACACUGCUUCACACGGCCUACCAUUCUCUCAAAGAAACCACCCCACCAGGGUGCUCUUUCUAAAUUGAACUUCCAUUCUAUUCUCAUAUUAUUAAAGUAUGACUUUAUUUCUGGAUGAUCAAAUAACUUAUUCAAAUCCUUUUCUGUUGCUUGAAAGGUUUUCGCAUUAUCUGAAACUAUUAGCUUAGGCAUUCCUCGCCGCGCUGUAAAUUUCCGCAAGCAAUGCUUAAACGCUUCUGCCGACAUUUCAUCUACUAAUUCUAGGUGGACUGCUCUGGUGAUGCAGCAUGAAAACAAUGCGAUAUAUACUUUUUUCAUCUCACCAGAAGCAUCCUUUGCAUAUAGCGGUCCUGCAAAAUCUAUUCCUACUCUGGAAAAUGGUGGCGCUUUAGUCACCCGAAACUCUGGUAGUGCUGCUGUUGCUGGCUCUUUAUGUGACUUGCCUAUCAGUCUUUUGCAAUUAAGACAUUGAUUCAAAAUCUUUUUGACAAUCUGUCUGCCCUUUGGCACCCAAAAUCGUGACCUUAAUUCCGCUGACGUCGAUCUAACACCGCAGUGGUGUACUUUCUGGUGGCAUGCUUCUAUUACCGAACAAGUAAACUUAUGCUCUUUUAGACUGCUGUAACGUUCUAUAUCAAUUACAGCCUUUAAACUGCUUACUUGGUCUUUCUUAACAGAUAAAAUUGUUGCGGACUUCUUCUCUUCAAGAAAACUCUCUGGCGUUUUACUAAUUUCAAAAUAUGAUGGCCAAUUACUUGGUUGCUCUGAUAACCAUGUCGGUCCGUUCCACCAUAACUGAUUACCCUUUAACUGUGAGGCUAGAACCCCUCUACUUCCUAUAUCCGCAGGAUUUUCAUGCGUUGAAACAUACGACCACUCAUUCUUAUUUGUCAACUGUAAAAUCUCAUUAACCCUAUGUUUUACAAAUUGCUUUCAUUGGUUCCUUAUCCAACACAGCGCUGUUUUGCUAUCUAGCCAGUAUCGAACGUCAUCUAAUUUUAGCUGUGAACUUAGCGCUCUGCGAAUAGUGGUUACAAGCUGUGCAAGUAUCCUAGCUGUCAUUAAUUCCAAGCGCGGAAUCGGCAAUUCUUUCAAAGGUGCUACCCUAGUCUUACUUGCUAUCAAUUUUGCGCGCGUCUCUCCGCCUUCAGUACGAUAAACCAAAUACACCGCAGCGCAAUACACAUUCUUGGACGCGUCGCCAAAGCCAUGUAAAUAACAUUCUGAAAUAUUUCCUACAUUUGCAUCAUAUAAACAUCUAUCAACGUAUAUCUCUUGUGUUGCACGUAAGAAAGAAAGCUCGGAACCGACCAAAAGAAGCUUGUUGAGUUUAUUGAGUAGCUUGUUUGAUCCGUUAGGUUUAAUCAGUGGAAUUAUUGUGAGCAUGAAAAUACUAUUUCAAGAUGUCUGUAAGAGUAAGUUAGGAUGGGACAUUUGGCAAUGGGACAUUUGGCAAUGACAUGAAAAAGCGAUUAGAUAAGUGGAUUGAAGAUUUAGUUGCAAUAUGUUCCAAAUUGAAACGUAUUGUGUCAUUCUGUAAAUUCCAUGCCAAUCCUAAAACUUUUUCACCCUUUGUUUCGCUUUGAGGAACCAAUUUUGAUUUUGCAUACGUUUCCUUCUAGCAAUUCUAGCAUCCUUCUAGCAAUUUUCUUACAAAACACGGAUCAGUCGAAACAAACUUAUUUAAAUUACUCAUGACGUCGUAAAAAGAUGGCCGCCAAUGACCUAAAAAUGUUGAAUAUCUACUUAUGGAAGUGCUGGAAAUUGUAAUAGAUUGUGCAAAUUGUCCAAAACAAAAAUAUCACAAUAGUAACAAUAUUAUACGCCUCCAAGAAUGUUAUGCUUGCCAUGUUAUGACGUCAUCAAUGACAUCAUGACAUUGAUGUUCUGUUAUCUCAUUUCUUUCCUCUCGUGUUGCAAGCAAUAAACUAAUAAGUGUUGUAGUUCAAUAGGUGAAAAUGUGAAGUUGUAUAAAGGAAACAAGGUGAGCUAACUUCUUUUCUGUUUUACACCUCUACGGCUUUAUUGUGGUCGUACUUCUGGCUUUGUUUUAAAGUUUAAGUUAUGAAAUUUUUAUUUUGGAAGUGCUAAUAUAUUUAGCAAAAAACAAAAAAUACACAAUAACAUGUAAUAUAUUAAUAAAAUUUUAGUCUUUGGCGGUUAGAAAUUUAAAAUGCGCACAUGUGAGACUUUUUUGCCAUAUAAAACCUCAUCAUACUCGCAGUAAAUAUAGGCAGGAGUACAGUAUGUGGCCCAGUUUCGGGUCAGUACCAGUAGCGGGUCAAUAGAAAUUUGAUUUCAUUUUUUUCCGCCGAGAUAAAAAGCGACGCGAAAUGAAAUAUAUAGAUAUAAUGGUGAACCUUUCCUUUUUUGGAUGAUAGUUUUCGCAGGCUUUUUAGUUGAACUGUAUUCAAAGAAGAAUCCCUUUUGUCCGGGUAUGUUUAUAUUCUUUUACUAAAAUUUGUUCAUUUCACUGCGCAGUAAAACUAACUAAUAACAAUAAAUCGUAUUAUUGAUAUGUAAUUCUCCAUGUAACUGCCCAAUUUUGUCCUAACGAUAGAUUAUUGCCGAGAAUAUAUAAAUAUGAAAUGGCAAUUCAGUUAUUCAGAAUUUCAGAGAUAUAUUCUGGUCCCACAAAUUACGUUUUAGUUUGGCUUUGUGGCCCAGUUUCGGGUCAACUAUGUUUCAACCUUUGAAAGUGGAAGCACUGCUUAGAACGCACUCCGCAAAAACUGUGUUGAAGAGGUAGUUUCAAGCUGGAAAUAUCAUGUCUAAACCUUCUCAAAACCUCACAAAAAAAUUGUUAAAAACUUAAGACAUGUUGAAACUAUACAAAAUGAUCGAAAAUUGCCGUAAAACAAACGCUUUUAUACAAUAAACAAAGAAACUUGAAGUGACCCGAUACUGGUGCAGUUGACCCGAUACUGGGCACCUAAAAUGAUUCUUAAAAAUAUAAAUAAUUCUAAAAGUGAAAGGUAAGAAAAGUCAAUCUUUUGAAAUAUUGUUAAGAAACACCUUUCCUAUUCUCAAGUGAGCAUUUAAAAAUCGUACCUUUCCUGAAAAGGAAGAUACAGCAGUUCAAACCUGAAAUGACCCGAAACUGGGCCACAUACUGUACAGAUUUUUUUGCCAAAGUGUAGAAUUGUCAAAAAGCUGCCGCUCAUAAAACUUUUUUAAAUGUUCAAAUCAAAACAAAAUUACAGUUAUACAAUGUCUAAUAACUUGUCUAUAUGUUGUACAAAUCGAGAACUGGAAAUUCUAUGGUUAAAAAGAUAUAUUUCCUAUUAUUUUUGUUGUUUUUAUGCAAAAAAGCAACAGGAAAAUUGUUGGAAAAAAACCAUAUUACCAUGGCUACCACUUAUCUUCUAGUACUUCAUGUUAUAACAACAUAAAAUAAAAGUUGAGUAAAUGCAUCUUGAAGUAUGAUCUCUGCUACUGUAAUAUAGGCAGGUACAUAUCUUUGCUUUUAAAACGUUCUUAACAACAUUUUUCUUGAAUAAUUAUAAAAAGCAGGAAAAGAAAACUCUUCUGCCCAUUGAACAGAAAAAGUCAAAUACACUUUGCGGAUCGUACUAAAAACGUUUCAGUGUUUAUGUUUGCCAGUAGCUUAAAAGUACCUAUAACCAUGUGACUUCUUCCUUGUAGAAUUAUUCAUUUUGCAUUUCAGACGCUCAAAUGAGAGCAAGCCAGGAUAAUUGCCCUUUAUGCACCAAUGUAUUAAGAGAUGAAGAACGAGUAGUGAUUGGUGAGAAAGGGGCUGAAGGAAUCAACCAGGCCAUCAUUGAAAGAGGUGAUAGGAUCAUUGUAUCUUCUGGGACUGUAGUGCACAAAAAAUGUCGCAUGAAUUACAUCAAUAAGAAGCAAAUAGAUUUGUAUAAGAAGGCAAAGUUCAACAAGCCGUCCCUACCUGUCAAACGAAGUGCACACACUUCUAUUGGGCCUUAUGACAGCAGAACACAUUGUUUAUUCUGCGGAAAUGAAAUAAAAAAGGCAUCAAGACUACUUCAGUAA